GCCCAAGAAGAACCGGAAAUGAUUCUAGGAAGAGAUUCCAUGACCCAGGCCAUGGAGAGGAGUGUUCUUUCUGACCCUGUAAGAUGAUUCUCUGUUCUGAAAGCACAUAUGAGUUUUUCAGGCCGUAUACCUCAGGG